AUGGUCAACAAAGUAAUCAAGAAAAAAUCGUCAAAUUCCGAGUUGACUAGCCUCGCUGAGAAGAUACGUCAGCGUGCUUUGGAACGUCAAUCCGCUGACAAGAAAUCACAGCUUGGCAGCCAAGACCAGGACAGUGCAGAGGAGGAGAGCGAAGAAGAAGUAAACGGAGACUCGAAACAAGAUAAACAGCAAAAAGGAGACGCACCAGCAGCAGCAGCAGCAGAAGAAGAAGAAGAAGAAGAAGAAGAAGAAGAACCCGAAUUUGAAUCUUUCGAUGAGCUCAAACUCGUUCCAGAACUACUGGAAGCGUGCGCAACUUUGAAAUAUUCCAAACCAACACCGAUCCAGGCCGCAGCAAUUCCACCAGCUCUGGAAGGCAAAGAUAUCAUCGGGCUCGCUCAAACCGGUUCAGGAAAAACGGCAGCUUUUGCAAUUCCUAUUCUAAACCAACUGUGGCAUGACCAGCAACCAUACUAUGCUUGUGUCAUGGCACCAACAAGAGAACUGGCGCAACAAAUCAAAGAAACAUUUGAUUCCCUGGGUGGUGCUAUGGGCGUCAGAACAACGUGCAUUGUCGGUGGUAUGAACAUGAUCGAUCAGGCCCGUGAUCUAAUGCGCAGACCACAUAUCAUCAUUGCCACUCCAGGUAGACUGAUGGAUCAUCUUGAAAACACUAAAGGCUUUUCGCUGCGCAAGCUGCGUUUUCUGGUGAUGGAUGAAGCCGACAGACUGUUGGAUAUGGAAUUCGGGCCCGUUCUCGAUCGUAUUUUAAAGGUCAUACCCAGCCAUGGAAGAACCACGUACCUUUUCUCCGCGACAAUGACAUCCAAAAUCGACAAGCUGCAGAGAGCCAGUUUGACGAAUCCUGUAAAAUGUGCUGUUUCCACCAAGUAUCAGACUGUCGAGACUUUGAUCCAAGCCUUGAUGGUUGUACCGGGUGGUCUCAAAAACACUUUCCUGAUAUACCUGCUCAACGAGUUCUUGGGUAAGACUGUCAUCGUUUUCACGCGAACAAAAGCAAAUGCGGAAAGAAUAUCCACCUUGUGCAAUUUGCUUGAAUUUAGUUCCACCGCGUUGCAUGGUGAUCUGAAUCAAAAUCAAAGAACAGGAGCGCUCGACCUCUUUAAGGCUGGAAGAAGGUCCAUCUUAGUGGCCACAGAUGUGGCAGCAAGAGGUCUAGAUAUCCCCUCUGUGGAUAUUGUGAUCAAUUAUGACAUACCGGUUGACUCGAAAUCCUACAUUCAUCGUGUGGGAAGAACUGCCAGAGCUGGACGUUCAGGAAAGUCCAUUUCCCUGGUUUCGCAGUAUGAUCUGGAAUUGAUUUUGAGAAUCGAGGAUGUCCUAGGACGUAAGCUUCCGAAAGAAAGUGUUGAUAAGGCUGCCAUCAUGGCCAUGCGUGAUACCGUGGAUAAAGCGAACGGUGAAGUGGUAAUGGAGAUGAACAGAAGAUCAAAAGAGAAAGCAUUGAGGGGCAAGGGCAGAAAUCACAGAGGCAAAUCAAGGGACAACAUGGAUAGAGAAGAGCAGUAA